CCGUCCCGGCGCGCCGCCCAUCCUGCUUCGACCGCGCGAGUGCGACAGCGCAACAGCCCCAACGACACGGGCCGCCUGGAGUGGGCGCGGCGCACCAACGAGCAGGACACGAUCCGGGAAGGCGCUCCCGUCGAGCUGCUCUGCUGCCCCAGGAACUACGACGAGAUCCAGUGGUUCCGAGUGAACGAAACCACCCAGGAACUGGUGCGGUUGCCCGACAACCUGUACUCGUCGCUGGUGCACCUGCGGGACGACAACCGUACGCUGGCGGCCGGGCGCGCGGGCAUGCAGCGGCGCGACGCCGGUUUGUACCUCUGCCGCGCCUUCAACUACAGCGGCGGCGGAGACAGCCUCAACCACACCAUCCUGCUCAUCCCGAAACUAAACAUAGAUGAAGAAAAGGUACUGGAGAAAAUUUAUGAAGAACGAACUCAACGACUUGGAGACCCGGUUCAGUUCACAUGCUCAAUUACGUCAGAGCAACCGGUUGUUUGGUUUCACCAGUAUGGAUAUGUUGAAAAAUUUCCUCACUAUGAUGCAGAAGGCAAUGAACUAACAAAUGUGAAAGUUAAGGCUGUUCAAUAUCUCAGUGGACCAAACAAAGUCAUAGGUCAGACAGUUACUAUUGAUCCAAUUGAACUUGAAAAUUUUGGCACAUAUAUUUGCUACUGGAAGAAAUCAAAAGUCAGAUAUUUUAUACUGAAAGAAGGAGGGUAUCGAAAAGAACUGAAAGUGACUGUGGUGUGUUUGAUAACCUUAUUUAUAAUAUUUGCUGUUCUUGGACCACUUUGUUGGUAUUGGCGCAUUGAAUUACGUCUAUUCUGGAAGGAUCGUUUUGGCAAAUUGGAAGAAAAUGAUGACAAAGUAUAUGAUGUAUUUGUGUCGUAUGAUGCAGAAGAUGCACCUUUUGUUUUGGGAACACUGGUUCCUGUUUUAGAAGACCAUUUUCGUUACCGUUGUUUUGCUUGGGAACGUGACUCCAUUGCUGGAGACUGGAUACCAGAGACUUUGGUUCAAUCAGUACGUGAUAGUAGAAGAUUUUUAAUGAUUUUGUCACCUGCACUGUUAGAAAACCGAUGGUGUACAUUUGCUUUGCAUGUAGCUCUUAAAGCAGUAUUGCAAUUACAACUUCAUAUAAUCUGUAUCAAGUUACAUGACAUUGACUGGGCACAGGUACAACUAGCUGAUAAAUCUGCCAAUGAGACUAUACGACAGGUUCUACAUGUUGUGCGAACUGUAGUGUGGGAGCCAAGCAAAGGACAAUCAAGGACACUCAGAAAUCAACAGAUUGUAGCAGUUAAAGACAAAAGUCUUUUAAGUUUCAGUAAGUUUAUUAAGAGAAAGAAUGAUAUGCCUGAUGAAGACAUCAAAGCUCCAGGUCGAUCUCGCUUUUGGCGAAAACUACGAUUGUAUUUGCCACCUAGGCGAACGCUACCUCUUUUGUCAAAACCACCAGCUUCUCCCACUUCUACAAAGUCCUUACUAUCCCUGCCCCAUGGGUCAGAUUGUUGUUGAAAACAACUCGGAAGUCAUUUUCAAAUAGCCUGGUGAGAAACCACGUAUAUAUUCUGAAGCUAGUCAAAAAUUUUAUAUACAUUAAUGAAUGAUUGUGAAUGGUAUCAAGCUGAUGUAGAAAUUGAAAAAAAUUAGAAAUGAUUUUUCAGAAAAGAAUACCACCUCUGAUAAAAACAGAUCAGAAAAAUAUCAUGAACUAAAUUUUUUUCAUGUUUUUUUGACUUCAUAGUUUUCUCACCAUAAAAUCUUUCACUUUAUCUUUUUAUCAUUUCUUCACUAGUAGUAAGCAUCAUUUUUUGUGUUUCCUCCUUUUGUUCAUGGUAUUUUGAUUUUGGAAUGUGUUGCUGAAGUAAUAUACCAAAGAAAUGACAAUUAAAUAUCGUUCUACAAUAUUAUUAUUAUUAUCGUUAUUGUAGUUUUAAGAAAAUCUCUGUAAAUAGUAAAGGAGAAGUUGUUCUAGGGAUAAAAAACACUUUCUAGUUAAAGAAUGCAAGAUAUUAAAGAUAUGUACCUGUUGUAAAUGAAAAUGUGUGCAUUCUUUAGAAAUACAUUCAGUUCGUUUUACCAACAAAAAAAAAACUUUCCUAUUCAUAGGCCUUUAACCUUUAAAAAAUUCAAAUCAGUGAUUAUGUUAUUGGGAGAGCAGUUGAUUCUUCUGAAUGGAAUAGAUAUUGUUUGUAGUCAAUUAUGCCAAAAAAAUUAUAUUUGCCAUACUGUUUUGCAAUGUUAGAAUACGAGAAUAACAAAAAAGGACUCAUUUUUACAACAGCAGCUAAAAUAUUAUUCAGUUAUGAAUAAAGGAAGGUAUGAUUUUUAAAUAAUACCAGCAGUACUGAAACAGAUAUCUAGGUGACUGCUUCCUAGACUUUUGACAUCAAUAUUCUAAUUCUCUCUCUUAGAGUAAAAUUCUUGAACAAUUAUUAAUUUUUCAAUGUUUUAAACAAAAAUUUUAUUGAUAUUCCAUAUUGAAGAAUUAGUGAAAGAAAUAAACUUUCACAAAGUAGUAAGUAAUAAAUUCUUUCUUCAAAGCAAGCAUUUAUUUAUGGGCUAAAUUGCCAAUUGCUCAGGAUAGAUGAAAGAGAUGUGGAAACUCCAAUUAAAGGAUAGUUAUUUUUUCUCACCAAAACAAUUUACAUUUAGGAUGGGGUGAUAUAAUUCAAACCAUGUUUUUUAAAUUUUUGUCUUAAUUCUGUAAAAGGUUUCUGAUGCCAAUCAUCAACAUUUUUGUGAAUUCUGCAUGUUUUUUCUCCUGCCAUUAUUCAAGUAAUUAAAAUUUUCAACAAAUAAUCAAAUCAAAACAAACAAAUAAUUAAUUAACAAAGGGCACAGUAGCAAUUUAUAAUACUACCAGCACUUUUGAAAAACAAAACAGCAUUGAAUUUUUAAAACUUGUAACAAAACAAAAGAAGAUUAAUAAUUUUGCAAUAUCUUCAUUUAACUUUAUUAUUAUAUGAUUUGAUCAUUUACAUGUAAAAUGUUGACCUUUAAAUGUGUAAUUAUCCUUCAUUAACUUAAAAACAUAAUUACUUAAAUAAGUCAAAAUUAAUAAAAUUUAAGCUUACAAAAAUUUUUUAAAAUAUUAAAUAUUUUGUUUUGUUUCACUUGUAUUGCUUUGUUGCAUAAAAGUAAUACUUUUUUACAAAUUUUUAUAUAAAUUUAAAUUUUAUAUACAUUAUUUAAAAAAUAUUUUGAUGUUUUGAACAUCUAUAUAAACACUUAAACCUUUGAAAUAUGAACUUAAUAAUGACCAUAAUUUAAAAGCAAAAAUGAACAAUAUUUUAUUUUAUUUUAUUUUUUAAUUUUUUAUUUAUUUAAUUUUUGUUUGUUUGUUAAUUUUUUGCAUUACGAGACCCUUCGCCACUUAAUUUAGUAAUAGUUAUCAUCAACACGAAUUCCUGACAUUGAACUGCAUACCAAACAAUUCAUGAAUUUGAAUUAUAUACCAAAAAACUAAAAAAUUGAUUCAAAUACAGCAAUUUUAAUUUAAUUACAGAAAAGUUUUUGAUUAAAAAGGAAUCAUGAUCCUUUUUCAUCCCAACUUUUAGAUUAACUUCAUUAAUGCAAUAUAUUCAUGUCUCCAUUUUGCAAAUAAUCAAUAAAAAUGUAUGAUUUAGUACUAUGUAUAUAGACAGAGAUUAAAACCAUGUCAAUUUUCUUAAUUUAAUAAUUUCAAUGUUUACAAUUACAAUAAAUUUGGAUAAUGUAUGCAUUUUUUUAACAAAUAACAUUUUACAGAACUUAACAAUAACAUGAAUUUAUAAACAUCUAAAAUCUAAAAUAUAGUAAAUAGAAAUUUACUUGUCCAAGUAAGUUUUACGGUUCUUUAAAAUAUUACCAAAGUAUAUCCGCUUAAAAAGAUGCAUGUCAUUUUUUAAAAUUAUUUGGUAUAUAAUUUUUGAAGUAACCUCUGAAAUACACCUGGGUAACAUUUGAAGAAAUAAUAUACUAUUAUGUACUACAGUAAGGGAAAAUUAUUUCUCUCUCUAAUCCUUCAUAUGGUAAGUUGUAUGUGUUGUCAUUUUCCUAGUAAUUCAUUUUCAUUUAUCAUGUUAAAUUAUGUAUUAGAAUAUUUUGCAACAAGUCAAUGCUAAUUUGUAUUGAAGAACUUUGAAGUGUCUGUACAGAGUUAUUUUAUUGUGCCAUAUGAUUAAUAUUUUUGGAGAUUCAGUGUUCCAAAAAUAAAUGUUAUUUUUGUUACCAUGAAAUUAAUACAGUGUUAUUGGAAAUGUAUCCAUUACCUCAUCUUUUAUUAGAAGUAAUAAUAGUAAUAAUAAUGUUUCUUGGCUCUUAGAACUUACUAGUACAUAAUUUUGGAGCAUUGUUAUGAUUGAUUUUGUAGUUUCCAGACACAUCAACUGAUAUGUAAAAGUAAGUGCCUGUGAGUAUAGUGCAUGCACAUGUGCUCUAUACAUUUUGAAUAUUCUAAUAUUUAUCAAAGAACUUUGAAAUGUCUUUACAGAGAUACUUUAUUGUACUAUAUGACUAGUUUUCUUGGAGAUACAGUGUUCCAAAGAGAAAUGUUAUUUUGUUAUCAUAAAAUGAAAUACAAUGUUAUUAAAAAUGUAUUCAUUAUCUUAACUCUUUUAGUAUUAG